AGAGACAAUCAACAAAAAUGAGGAUCAAAUAUCUUGAAGCAGCACUGAGUCAAGAUAUUCAGUUCUUUGACACUGAAGUCAGAACUUCAGAUGUUGUAUAUGCGAUCAAUACUGAUGCUGUUAUGGUUCAAGACGCCAUUAGUGAAAAGCUAGGGAAUUUUAUACACUAUAUGGCGACAUUUGUAUCUGGAUUUGUGGUGGGAUUCACAGCAGUUUGGCAAUUGGCGCUUGUGACACUUGCAGUGGUGCCUUUAAUUGCGAUAAUCGGAAGCUGGAAAUAUUGCUGA